AUGCCGCCGAAGUCUGCUGUAGCUGCCGAUAGGCUCAAGAAGGAGCUAGCAGCCCAAAAAGCUCGAGCUGAAGCUCUCAAGUACCUCCAUUCGACUGGAAGCGGCCCCAGCCAACGCGAAUUAUCGCAGCAGCAGCAGCUCCGACAGAAACAGACUGCAAAUGCCACGUCCUCAGUGGCCCAGCGUCGCGUUCUUGGUGCACAGCCAGAACCAUCAGCGGCCGACAAGUUUGACCCUCGAGUGAGAGACAAUACGCUGCAUGCAGUGGCAUCAAGACGCGCGCAUGAGCUCCAGAAUGAACACCAGAUUGAGCAAAAGAUGGAGAGCUACCGAUUGGAGUCGAAAACGACGGAACAAUUUAAUACUUCGCCUCCAGGAUGGCAGGAGGUAGUGGAUCCAGUAUCAGGAGACUCGUACUAUUGGAACGAGACUGAUUGA